UUGGCGUUCCCGCUUGAAGUGCGCGGGCUCGACCCGGUACAGCGUCGGGAGCGUGUCCGGCAGGCGCUGCAGCUCGUGCGCCUGGAGGGAUUUGAGGACCGCCGACCCAACGAGUUGUCCGGCGGCCAGCAGCAGCGCGUGGCCAUUGCCCGGGCACUGGUGUUCGAGCCCAGUCUGGUAUUGAUGGAUGAACCGCUCGGGGCUCUUGACCGCCGGUUGCGGGAAGAAAUGCAGUAUGAGAUUCGGCGUAUUCAGCGCAGUCUGGGAAUCACGGUCGUCUACGUCACCCACGACCAGCAGGAGGCGAUGGUGCUGUCGGACCGGGUCGCCGUCUUUCGCCGCGGCCGCGUUGAGCAGAUCGCCCUGCCCGAAACGCUGUACGAAGAGCCGGAGCGCCCGUUCGUUGCCAGCUUCAUCGGCGAAAAUAAUCUACUGCGCGGACGGGUUCUCAGCGUUGAGCACGAUAUUUCGAGGGUGGAGGCCGGCGGCCAGAUCGUCCAGGCCUUCCAGGUGACGCCGUGCCAACCGGGCGACGACGUCGUCCUCGCCAUUCGUCCAGAGCGGGUCAGCCUCGCGCCCGAGCCGGCGUUGUACAGCAACUGGUUUGAAGCCGGUAUCGAGGACAUUGUGUUCCUGGGCGACCACCUGCGCCUGCGGGUGUCGGUGUGCGGCAGCACGGACUUCAUCAUCAAGAUUCCCAAUAUCGUCGGUCACGGCGCCGUGCUGGAGGGCGACCGCGUCCAGAUCGGCUGGACGGAGACCGAUUGCCGGGCCUUGGCGCCAGACGAAGAGGAGCUUACGUCAUGA